UUGGGAGAAGUUAAUAAAGAAAUAUUCAAUGGCAAUAAAAAGGAGUGAAAGAAGAAAAGGGAAGGCUUUUUUUUUCUUUUUGAUAUUUAAGCAUCCUCUGUUCUAGAGAGAGAAAGUGUGAGAGUUGGUAAAGGAGAAAGAGUUUGGAGCUUGUUGUUUGAAUUCUUGUGGUCAUUGGAUUUGAGGCAUUGGUUUUGAGCUCACUCUUCUUGUACUUUUGUUGCUCUGCAGUGGGCUUGGGUGAGUGAGGAGGCAGACAGCACAUAGAGAGGAGGUGUGGGCAUGGGAGGGGUUAUCAUGGCUUUCCUGCUGUGCUUGCUGGAGGGGCUCUGUUUAUGACUUUAAGGAGUUGUGAUCACACAAGUUGGGAGUUGAACUGGAGGAAUGUGGAUGCAGUGGCGUAAGCAUUGAAGCAUGGGACACUAGAUCUUUUAGAUUUUUGGAACAACACGAGAAAAGGGAAAAAAAAAAGGAGAAUUGGAGAGCACAAUAUGCAACUGAGAUCAGAGAGAAAUCCAUGAGCAAAUGGUAGGGAAGGUGGAGGUGUCAGCUUAGUGUUUGUUGUGUGUCUCAGCUCUCCCUUAAUUGUUUACUACUCUAGAGAGCCCAUGGCUGUCUGCUGUGCCUGACCACUUGCUUCCGCACCCCAUGGGCUCUGCUGCUGAUCAGGGAAGCAAUAUACCUUCCCCCUUGGACAGCAUGUCUGGGUCGCUUCCUCAUUCAAGUGGCAUGGCCCUUUAAAUCUAGAUCCGUUUCUAUCUUCUUGGGUUGCAAGCUUUCCUUCCUUCCUAUUUUCAGUAACAACGAAGAUCAAGAAGCCUGUGUCACUGUCUUUGCAAUAGCACACUUGGCGGUGUUCUCUCUCGCGGCUUUUAUUUACAUUACCAGGGAUGCAGGGUGGUGGUAUAGCUGUUCUUUUGACAGUUUAGUGGUUGUGGGUGAUCUGCUCUGUGUUGCAGAAGUGGAGGGGAAGGUGUGUUCUUUUUAUUGCAUAAUGAAAUUUAUGAAGCUUGGAUCAAAGCCUGAUUGUUUUCAGACAGAUGGGAACGGCGUCAGGUUUGUGGCAACUGAGUUGGCAACUGACAUGGUUGUUCAUGUAGGAAAUGUUAAAUUCCGUCUACACAAGUUUCCUCUUUUGUCCAAGAGUUCUUGCUUGCAAAAAUUAGUGGCAGCUACCAAUGAUGAAAGCAAUGAUGAGAUUCACAUUCCUGAUAUCCCUGGUGGCCCUGCUGCCUUUGAGAUUUGUGCUAAAUUUUGUUAUGGCAUGACUGUCACCCUCAAUGCUUACAAUGUGGUUGCAACCAGAUGUGCAGCAGAGUAUCUUGAAAUGCAUGAAGCUGUAGAGAAAGGGAAUCUAAUAUAUAAAAUCGAAGUCUUCCUCAAGACGAGCAUAUUCCGUAGCUGGAAAGACUCGAUCAUAGUUCUCCAGACUACAAAAUCUCUGCUGCCUUGGUCUGAGGACCUGAAGUUGGUGAGUCACUGUAUAGAUUCUAUAACUUUCAAGGCCUCUAUCGAUGCUUGUAAGGUGGAAUGGUCCUACACCUACAAUCGAAAGAAUCUUCUAUCAGAAAACGGACUUGAUCCUCAUUGGCAUGCAGUCAAAAAACAGCCAUCAGUACCCAAGGACUGGUGGGUUGAGGACUUGUGCGAGCUUGAAAUGGAUUUGUACAAGCAGCUUAUAAUGGCUAUCAAAGCAAAGGGAAGAAUGUCCAGUGAAGUGAUUGGAGAAGCUCUGAAAGCUUACACAUAUAGAAGACUCCCGGGUUUUGGCGAAGGUUCCAUGAUCCAUGGAGGUGAUGGCAUGAAAAGUAGGUCACUGCUGGAGACCAUUAUCUGGUUAUUGCCGGCAGAAAAAUGUUCGGUAUCAUGCAGUUUCCUUCUUAAGCUACUAAGACAUGCAAGUUUAUUGGAUUGCAGUGACAUGGCUAAGAAAGAGCUCAUCAAGCGAGUAGGCAACCAAUUAGAAGAAGCUUCAGUGCCUGAUCUUUUGAUCCCCAGCAUGGCAGGGGAGGACACUGUCUAUGAUAUCGACAUGGUCCUAAGUAUAGUGGAGAAAUUUGUGAUGCAGGACAACAAUGCUGCUCAAACUACCCCAAAGGUAUCUGAAGUGCUUGAGGAGACCAGAAGCCCAGCUUUAGUUUCAGGUGGUUCAAAGAUUCUUGUAGCGAAGCUGGUUGAUGGGUAUCUUGCUGAGAUAGCGAAAGACCCCAACUUACCUCUUCCAAAGUUUGUUGAUCUUGCUCAAAUGGUAUCAGCCGACUCAAGGCCAGUGCAUGAUGGGCUUUAUCGUGCUAUUGACAUGUAUCUGAAGGAGCACCCAUGUCUAAGCAAGAGUGAGAGAAAGAAGCUAUGUCGUCUGAUGGAUUGCAAGAAGCUUUCUGUAAAUGCCUGCACUCAUGCUGUACAGAACGAGCGCCUCCCACUACGGGUGGUAGUCCAGGUCCUCUUCUUCGAGCAGGUUAGGGCAGCAGCUGCUACUGCAGGCCAGACCGUGAACAGUGGUGGUUCCUAUGGGAGUUCAAGAUCAGGUGUCACCACCAACACAGAGGAUGACUGGGAUGGAGUCCCAACAGUAGAAGACCUCAAGUCGCUCAAGUCUAUGAAGCUCAUGGAUGGCAAGGAAAGUGAGAGGACCAGCAGCAGCAACAAUGCUAGCAAGAACAAUGGCAAUGACAGAGCUGGCAGUGUCGAGGUGAAAGGCAUGAUGAUGCCAAAGAAGAUACUGGGCAAGCUGCUGUCAAGCAAAGGACAGGGAGGGGAGAACAGUAGCUCCGACACUUCCGGUAGCCCAGGCUCAGCAAACCGGGAUGAGCCAAAGUCUACACCUUCAAGGAACACCAGACACCAUGUUUCAUAACCAAGGUGCACCACUGGGAGCAAGCAUGAUGAAAGCUGAAAAAUGAGUUCUUUUGUCCAAUCAAGACCAGUUUUUCAUGUAUCAUAGAAGAGGAAAGUGGUUAGUAUGGUUUAGGUAUGAGGUUAGAAUGUUAGCGUGAGAUAAUAUCAAUGUGGGUAAGUGCCAUUGUCUAUUAUCUCUUAUUAUUGUAGCAAAAUCAGUUAAAUCUUCUAUGACAUCCAUCCAACUUGGCUGCAGUAUUA